AUCGGACGAUUCUUGAUGAAAAUUCAUAAGAAUCUGAAGAAGGAAAAAUACAAUUAUCAGCUUGGAACUAGCACUUGCGUAUCUAGAGACUCAGCCAUGCAUUCCGCUGAUAUUCAGAAAAAAAUCGAGGAAUAUAAUAAUUUUAUAGAGGUCAAACUGAAAAAUGAUCUGAAAGACAUUGAAAAACUUUUGGAUGACAAAUCGGUAAAAUUGAAAGACUGGCAAGAAGUGAAACAAGUAUUGAAGACGGUAAGAGAAUUCCGAGAAAAAGAUAGAGAUAUGUCUGUUCGAGUAGACAUAGGAGGUGGAGUGCUGUCAACUAGUGAGAUAACUGAUUUUGAAAGAACCUAUGUGUCGAUCGGUCUUGGGUAUAUGCUUGAAAUGGAUUGUGAUGAAGCUGAUAAGUAUGCGGAUAUAAGACUAAGACUGUUGACUAAAGAAAUUAACCACUUCAGAAAUCUUGCUGUAGAUGUAAAAGUACACAUUAAAUUAGUUCUUCUGGCAAUUAAUGAGUUACAGGCAUCUAUUAAAAUAAAAAGUUAAUUUUUUUAUCACUUCUGCCUUUGAAUGUAUAAUAAAAUAUAUUUUUUCUCAAUUAGAAAA